UUAUUGAAAUAAACAAUAAUAGAAAAUAUUUUAAGUGAGGUAGAAUUUUUGAAUUCGACAAUGUGUAGUUUAGAGACAGAAGAGACUCACUUGGCUUCAAUGGCUUUAGCACGAUCCACAGAUAUUACUAUAGGAAAAGUGUCAUUAUUCGAUAUAAGUUGGCAGGAUGUUCUGAUACCAAUGUUUGCAGAUUUCCUCAGCAUCAAGGACUUAUUCAAUUUUCGUUGUUGUUCUCAAACUGCCAAACGCAUUGUGGAUGCAGUAUUCGAGCGACGUAAGAAUAUUAACUUGGCUGGUAUUAAUAGUCGCAAUAUUGAACUAGCUUUUGCUGUUCUCGGAAAACGCUGCAAGCGUAUUGAAAGUUUGAAUUUGGCUCGUUGCCAUUGGUUAGCAGAUGAUUUAUUGUUGCCCGUAUUAGCUGCAAAUAAACGGCUGCGUGUGGUAAAUCUGAACGAAUGCGGUAAAAAUACACCAAUAGCACUGCAACCGAUCAUAAAUGAAUGUAAAGAGCUACGGAUUUUGAAACUCUCCACCUGUCAGUGGUUACCCAAAAAGUCAAAGGACGUGUUGUCUAUGUAUCACAGCAACUUAGUGGAAUUCGAUAUUUCAUAUUGUUUUAUAAUUGGAGAGCGUUCAUUGAUUAAAAUUUUCAGUAAAUUAAAUAAUCUUAAGAUAUUGUCACUGGAAUGUACACCCAGCGUAACCGACGAAGUGUUACUACAAAUCGCUAACAACUGUCACGGAUUAGAAUAUAUCAAUUUAGUUGGCUGUACCGCCAUCUCAGACUAUGGUAUACACGCAAUCGCAUCUAAUUGCAAUCAACUCCUUUCAUUAUUUGUGCGACGUUGUCCCCGUGUUACGGAGCACUCUUUAGCACCUUUACGUAAACGUCUGUACAUCGACCGUGAGAUAGAAGUGUUCUCUUAUCUUAAUGUGUUUUAUCCCACCGAUUUUCUUGUAUAUUAAUAAUGAAAACUAGUAUAAUUGGAAAAAGCGCUGCCUUAGAUC